AUGAUGAAUAUAUAUAAUAAUAUGACUAAAUCGUUAAAAGCCAAUUGUUGGUCAUCUUUUAUUUCACUAAAAAUAGUUGAUAAUAAUUGCUUUAUAACACACAGAAAAUAUAUAUCUGUUUUAGCAAAUGAAUUAAGAAGUGGAAACAUUUUUUUGCAUAACGAUAAAUAUUGUGAAGUAACAGAGCAAAGGCAAAUUAAGCAAGGCAGGUUGGCGACUACAAACAUGAUAUCUUUUAUAGAUUUAAGCACCCUAAAAAGCUCCUCUGUGAAAUUUGCAUGUCAAGCUAAGGUUGAUAAAAUAGAACCCAUUAAAGUAAAUGUGCGAAUACAAUAUACUGAUAAACAAAAAAAUAUAGUUGUUUGUUUAGAUCAAAAUUAUGAAGAUGUUGAAAUUCCAAUGCAUAUUUUUGGAAUUUCCGAAGAACAUUUAGAACCAGGUAUGGAAAUUAGUGUUUUCAAACAUGAAGAUAAAAUUAUAAAAGUUAAUUUACCCUCAUCAUUAUUAGCAACUUUAAGAAAAAAAUGA